AUGGGAAGCACUCAUCAACCUCACUCUAAUACGUACCCUGACUCUAACGGCUACUACGGCCAGUUCGGGGGUAAUUACUACCCACCCGAGACCCACGAAGCAUUAAAAGAACUGGCCGACAAGUACAAAGAGAUCCGUGACUUGCCAGACUUUAAAUACACCCUCAACAAAGUGCGGAUCGGUCUCCAAGGCCGUCCAACACCCAUUCAUCACCUUGAGAAUGUCUCUCGGGAGAUCGGAGGUGCUCAGAUCUAUGUCAAACGAGAAGAUCUGAAUCACACAGGUGCCCACAAGAUCAACCAUUGCGUCGGCUUUGCACUGCUCGCGAAGGCGAUGGGCAAGAAAAAGCUCAUCGCCGAGACAGGAGCUGGUCAGCAUGGCGUUGCUCUUGCGACCGCAGCAGCCUACUUUGGCCUUGAAUGCGAGAUUCAUAUGGGGGCCGUUGAUACUGAGAAGCAAAAGUCUAAUGUUGGUCGCAUGCAAAUCCUCGGGGCGAAAGUCGUGGCGGCCACUGCAGGUCAAUCAGCUCUGAAGGAAGCCAGUGACUCUGCCUUUAACGCUUACGUCGAGCAAAGAGAGCAUGCUCUGUACGCCAUUGGAUCAGCUAUUGGACCUCAUCCCUUCCCGUUAAUUGUGCGAGACUUCCAGUCUGUCAUUGGUCAAGAAGCGCGAGAGCAGUUUCUUACUAUGACUAACGGCACCUUGCCAGAUCAUAUCGUUGCAUGCGUCGCGGGGGGAUCUAACGCCAUGGGCAUGUACUCGGCCUUCAUCGACGAUACGAACGUCGUAUUGCACGCGGUCGAACCGCUGGGAACAUCUGACAAACUUGGCGACCAUGCGGCUACAUUAUCAUAUGGCAAGCCAGGAACAUUGCACGGUGCAAAGACACUCGUACUGCAAAAGGAUGAAAGCACACCUGCUCCGGUCUCAUCUAUAGCAUCUGGUCUAGUCUAUCCAGGCAUCGGACCCGAGAUGGCGAUGCUCCACCAAGCCGGACGCAUAUCUGUGACCACUAUACGGGACGACGAAGUCAUCGAGACGUUUUUCCGCAUGGCGAAAAAGGAGGGGAUCAUUAUCGCCCUGGAAAGUGCACAUGCCGUGGCGUUUGCGAUACGCCUGGCGGCGCAGCGACCUGCAUCUGAAAGGAUUCUGGUCAAUCUGUCGGGUCGCGGAGAUAAAGAUGUGGAUUAUGUCCUUGAGAAUCAUGGGACGGGUUGA